CAGGCCUCAAUCACCACUGGCUGGCGCCCUCCACGCCCUUCAGGAGGAGCAGGCCAAACUAAAGACCAGGCUGCAGGAGCUGCAGCAGCUAAGAAAGGAGCUCAGGGACACCCCACAAAACAAUGUCCCGUUCCCAAUGCCCGAGCUUCCCCUGGUAUUCCGAGGACACACACGGCAGGGCAGGGAAGAGCCCAAGUCUGUGGUUUCCAACCUGCAAAUCUGCUGCCCUCUGCCCGGAGGCUCCGCUCUGGUCACCUUCGAUGAUCCCAAAGUGGCUGAGCAGGUGCUGCAGCAGAGGGAGCACACGAUUGACCUGGAAGAGUGCCGGCUGCGGGUGCAGGUCCAGCCCUUGGAGCUGCCCAUGGUCACCACCAUCAAGGUGUCCAGCCAGCCAAGCAGCCACAGGGUGUUGGUCAGCGGGUUUCCUGCCAGCCUCAGGCUGGGUGAGGAGGAGCUGCUGGACAAGCUGGAGAUCUUCUUUGGCAAGACCAGGAAUGGGGGUGGCGACGUAGAGGUCAGGGAGCUGCUGCAAGGAAGUGUCAUGCUGGGCUUCGCUAGGCAUGGAGUGGCCCAGAACCUGUGCCAGAUCAGUCAGUUCCAAGUGCCCCUGGGCAGGCAGCAGGUCCCUCUGAGAGUCUAUCCCUACAUGAGUGGUGAGAUCCAGAAGGCUGAGAUCAAGGCCCAGCCAGUGCCCCGUUCGGUGCUGGUGCUCAACAUUCCCGAUGUCCUGGAUGGCCCAGAGCUGCACGAUGUCCUGGAGAUCCAUUUCCAGAAGCCGACCCGUGGGGGCGGGGAGGUGCAGGCCCUGACAGUCAUGCCCCCAGGACAGCAGGGCCUGGCCAUCUUCACCUCUGAGUCGAGCUAG